UAACGGAGUCGGCGUGAAAGGCGCGGUAUUCCCGCCGCCGACGCCGCCGCCGCUGCCGCCAUGUCGCCACUCGCCUGCUCGCUGCUCGUUCUCACCGCGCUGCUCGCCGCUGCCGAAGCAGUCAUGCCGCAACCCGAUUGUACCUCCGCCAAGUUGGGCGAGGUCACAGGUGACGUAACUACAUUUAGUGUAGAUGUUGGUGGUGGCGCCGUCCGAAUUCCUGAUAAAUGCACUAGACCGGGCCGAAAACAAGUGGGGGUGAAAAUCGAGGCUUGCCUUUCGCCAGAAAGCAAACUUAAAAUAAUGCCAGUAUUGCUGACCCCGUCCGAUAUCUCACCGAACUUCUCUCUAUUCAAAAUCGCGGUCGAUAAAAUUGUAGUCAGUGUUGAGCAAUAUGGAGAAAUGGUUACUGCACCAUAAGAAACUGAUUCUUGUCAAUGAAAAAUAUAAUAAAUUAAGAA